AUGGCGGUAGAUGAAGAGUGGCAAUGCAGGAAAUUCGAAAACGGCUUGAGAGGUGAUAUCAAGCUACUUGUGAAGGGGUUACGCAUUAGAGAGUUUUCUGCUCUGGUGGAGAUGGCUCGUGACAUGGAGAAGAAUAAGAAGGAAUCUGAGGGACCUCAGAAACAACAGAGCCAACCACUAAGGGUUGGUGGACCCAUGAUAUCUAGGGGAGGCUCCAUUUCUAGGAGUACCCCUUUCUCUAGACCUACUUCCUCUGGGUCUAGGGGUUCUUCCUCUCAGUUAUCGGGGCGAUCCAGUUUUGCCAGUUCCGUUAGAUGCUUCAAGUGUGGUGGACCACACCUCCAGAUUUCUUGCCCUCAGUUAGAAGGGUAUAGGAGGUGUAAUAUCUGCAGGCAAGAGGGACACUAUGCUAGAGACUGUCCUACUACUAGGAGGGCAGGAGCACAGCCACGCCAGACUGACAGAUCUAUUCAGAGGGGUGGGCACAGACCUCAGGCAACCGGGAGAGUUUAUGCGUUGACUGGGGCUGAGGCAACCAGUGCAGUUGUCAAAGAGCUUCCGUGUGAUCUGGUGGUGUCUACACUAGCAGCUGGGUUAGUCAGGACAUCUAAUGUGUGCUCCAAAUGUCCUCUUGAGGUAGAAGGGCGCAGGUUCAGAGUGAACCUAAUCUGCUUACCUCUGCAGGGGCUAGAGGUAAUUCUGGGAAUGGAUUGGUUAGCAGCCAAUCGUAUUCUUUUAGAUUGCGGUGGUAAGAAGUUAAUAUUUCCCAAAGGAGAGGAAGACUUGUCGUUAUCACUCGGUGUAUUAAGGCAAGACAUCUUCGAGGGCGCCAGCUGCUUCCUAAUCAUGUUUCACAUGGAUGGGAAUUCUAAUUUAAACUCUUCAGCGCUUGAGAACCAGAGUGUAGACCUUCUGGUUGUGAAUGACUUCAUUAGAUCUGAGGUCGGGUUAUCAUUAGAUCUUAGUAAAAGCGGAUGA